GGCGGAGCUGUGGCAGAAGAGGCGGCGCGAUGGAGCAGAAGGGGCGGCGCGACGGAGCAGGAGAAGAUGGCCGAGAAGAUGUUCAGGCGCGGCGCGGCGGGCGAAGAAGAAGAGUUUUGGUGAUGAGCUUGUGGCCACGCUGGACCAGCUACUGCAGCCCCCCUGCGCCGUCGCCGUGGGUCGCCUGUGUUCUGCUACUCCGGUGCCGGCACCUGUCCCUGUGCGGUGCCGUGCUCAGGAAUUUGGCGAAGAAGGCGACUUCCGUGCUUGCGCGCGAGAAGGGCGCCGGACCUCGUUGGCGCUGCGAAGGGGGCACAGCUCAGGUUGGGUACGCCGUCGGCCAGCGCCGGCGGCGAGCACGCUCCGCUGUGACCUGUCCGCCACAGCCAGUCCUCUCCCGCCUCCCCCGACUCCGUGUCCUUGUCCAACGCAAAUCAAUGGAGCUGCUGACCAGGAUUGUUGUUGGCUUCUAUAAGAAGGGAGGGUCCUCGGCUCGAAUCUCCAUCAGGUCAAUUUUGGACGAAGCAUCCAAUGUCGACACCGAGUUCGCCGCAGGAAGAAGCGCCGAGUUCGCCGGAGGUAGAAGAAGCGCCGAGUUCGCCGAAGGUAGAAGAACAGCCGUCGAGCUGUCCAAUCUCGCCUGCAUUGGCUACAGCAGAGGUAUGUAUCCCCUUGACCCCUGUUUUGAGUUAUUUUUCUGUCCCCUGUUUCUCUGUGUACCUUCUAAUAUGGAGUUCAGAGGUAAAGAUAUUGUUGCGAAGUACGUCAGUUUAGAUAUUGUUGCCUUCUUGUGAUUGUAGACACCCAUGUUGUGUUGUUGGUCUGUUGAACGAAGCGCUAGAACUGUCAGCAAUUCCUUCAGAUAGUGUUGUUCUCUGAACAGAGAAAACAAAAUUGGAACAGCUGCUGCGGUGGUUCUCAUCUGGCCUUAGUUCCAGGUACAACAAUAACAAGCUUUGCUUCCUAACUACCUCUGCUCCUAUAGCUAGCUAAAAUUACAGCUGAUACAUGUAUAGGUAUAUUAGCAUAUGUUGUGUCAGGUUAAAAGUCCCGAGAGAUUUUGAACUACUGGUGGAGUGGAGAUGGUAAUUUGUAGUUCCACAUUCUGUGCUAAUACUUCGAUGGAUUGUCUGGUGAUAAGCUAAGUGUGUCUGAAAAUCUUUUCCGUCUGUACAAUUCUCUGUCUACACUCCUCCUUACGGAUCUGAGGUGAAAACAAAGCUGCAGGUAGAGAAAGCAAAGCAUAAUGAUAGGUAGCUUCAUGGUGUUUGUCUUAUAUUCAAACUGCAUUUAGCUUCUAAGAAUAUGAUAUAAUACAUCAGAAAAUAGUACAACGUGCAGGCAUCUCAAAAUUCCACUCCAAAUGAAACACUUAUUCCACUGAAAAAACACUCGCUCCAAAUAACUUUACCAUGGAAUUGUUUGAUCUAUCCUGUGAUGCGUCGGUUCUGAUUCUGUUGCAAUUGAAUUUAUGUUGAGAUCGCGGAAGAAUAUUGUUCUACUUACGGUGAUUAGAUUAUGCAAGUAUAAUGUUCUUUGCACGUCAGAUUUUCCAUGCUGUGAUGAUAACAAAGUAAAUUAUAGGUGCCUUACAAUGAGAAUCCUCUUAUAUUCAGGCAAGUACUAUUCCUACUUGACUGACGAACAUCAUAUCUGUAGUAUAUCUCUUUGCGCACUGUUGGUUAUGUCGUAUUACUUCUGUGUUUUUUUACAUAUUUUACCGAUGGUUGUUUGUGUUAGGAACUGAGAUUCGCUAGCUUUCAUAUUCUGCUUUAGUUUUUUAAUACUGAAAGUGCAUGCCCAAUUUUAGUAAAGACUGGAUUUGGUAUUUCCUCCUUCCGUCUACAAAAAUGAUGCUCUGUCUCCCAUGCAAUCAAAUUAUCUCACGGGUGACUGAUAUUGAUUUUCUAACACAACAUUUUCUUGACGACACAACUUUAGUUAGUAGGUUUUGGAAAGGUCACGAAGUAUCAGUUAUCUACCAUUUAAACCUCCGACUGUAUGAAUCUCUACAUAACCUCCGUGUUCUCCAUCGUCGAGCGGACGUCUCCAUAUGGUAUGCGUUAAUGGCUGGUGUGGCAAUGACGCCGGUCUUACAGAUGGUGCCAGAGGCGGAGGGGCAGCUGCGCGGCUGUACGAGCUACAACAGCAGACUGACAUUUGGCCGGCUGGGAGAACCCAAUUGUAGAGGAGUAGUGCCGUGAAAAAGAUGAAGACGGCGCGAGGCACGAGCUGUGGGCAUGGUAGGCAGGUAAAAUUUAAUUACCAAUUACCAACUAUGACGGCGGGAGGCACGAGCUGAAUUUAAUUACAGCUGAAAAUUAUGCUAUCAUGAAUGCCAUUAUUAUCUGAUGAAUUUAACUACAGUUGCAACUCUUUAGUUACUUACCACAACAAUUAGUUUUUAAUGGUCCUUCAAAUUACUGUAGCUGAAACUUACUCUGAAGAUUAACCAACUAUGUUCUCCUUGAUCCUACAAAAAAAUAUUCAUUUGAAAUUAUAUGCAGUGUUUAUGCAAGCCUAUUAGGUUAAACCAAAAUGUAACCUACUUAUUCCAGCACUCUCUUUAUUUGGAUACACAUAGCUCUGUUUUAACAAAUCCCCAGUUGAUCCUAUGAUAUGCAGAUCCCCUUCAAGGCCACUGACUACAUGAGGGAGAGGUUGUCAGUUGGACAGAUUUGUCCUUCAUUUCAUUACUCAGUGCUGACCUCUUUCUCUAUUUUAUCUCAUUUUUUCAUUAGACUUUUUUAAGGAUGAUAAUAAUCUAUAAACAUUGUAGAAUGGUCAUGCUUCUCUUUGCAAGCUUAUAGCUUGAUUUA